GCUGCACUUCCUCUUGUGGCUAUCAAUUACACAUGUCUGAGCACGGAGAUGUUGGUCAAGUGUUUUUUGCGGUUAAGAGUGUUUUAUGCAUGUGUGUGUGUGUGGUGUGUAUCUGCGUUGAAAGCACCUAAGGAGACAUAAGAAACUGGGAAUAUUUUUGCUCACAGAUUUAAGCUUUGGAUGGCGAUUGGACAAGCCACAACAGAUAGCGACAUAACAGAACACGCCGUCGGCUGAGGAAAGCACAACACCGUUGAACCCAAAGCACAUAGUGGCUCCACGGCCAGGUCGCCACAGAAGGCCCAUGACGGCUUCAAAGACUCAGAAAGAGAAGGUGUCUAAGACGAAGAAGGUGUUGUUGACUAUCGCAGCAGUUGUGGUGUUGCUGGGGAUCCUGGUCACUGCGGGAUACUUUAUAAAGCAGCUGAUCGACAGCAAGUACUUCUUCUGCACUAAGUCGUUUAAGUUCAUCCCCUUGGAUAAAGCGUGCGAUGGAACGGACGACUGCACGGGAGGAGAAGAUGAACAAACAUGUUUGUCAAGCCUCAAGGUCAACACAACAUUUCCAGUGCGCCUCAUGACCCGUCAGAACAUCCUGCAGGUGUACAAUCCCAGCGCAGGGUGGAGGAGCGUGUGUAGCGAAGGCUGGACCGAGAAAUACUCCCAGAUGACCUGCACGCAACUGGGAUACACCUAUAAACCUCGCAGCACCAAUGUCCCGGUCAACACGUUACCAUCAGACCUGCAAUCUGGACCGUUUACUGCACUCAGAUCGGGGACAGGAAACACGCCUGUUCACCAAGCGACAGCUGACCAGAGUGCAUGCAGAUCCCAAGCGGUGCUUUCUUUAUCCUGUUCAGACUGCGGCGAGGUGGACCCUCAGAAUCGUAUCGUUGGGGGUACGGAUGCUGUCAUAGAGGACUCACCAUGGCAGGUGAGCCUGCAGCAGGGCGGCCAGCACACAUGCGGAGGCUCCCUCGUGUCGACACGUUGGGUGAUCACCGCAGCUCACUGCUUCGCCGGCAGUAAAAAGGAACUGAGUCGCUGGAAAGUGGUGUCGGGGAAGACCUACAUGGGGACUCUGGGAGGUUCUUCUGUUGACAGGAUCAUCUUGAAUGGAAAUUAUGACCCAGCUCGUAAUGAUUAUGAUCUAGCGCUCAUGAGGCUUGCUAGUCCAAUCAACGUGGGAGUGAGCCGCGUACCAGUUUGUCUUCCUCCAAAAGCCCUCGACCUUUCUCCCUCGGCCUCUAUGGUGGUAACCGGUUGGGGCUACCUGGAGGAAAAUGGGAACACUUCUCCAGUCCUGCAGAAAGCCAACAUCCCUCUCAUUGCAAGGAGCAAGUGUGCCAGCCCCAUCGUGUACGGAAGUGCUAUCACCGAUAGGAUGAUCUGUGCUGGCUUUCUGGAGGGGAGAGUGGAUGCAUGUCAGGGAGACAGCGGAGGGCCAUUGGUGCAUUUAACCUCAUCUAAAUGGUACCUGAUCGGGGUGGUGAGCUGGGGCGUCGGCUGUGCCAGGGAGAGGCGUCCUGGGGUCUACAGCAAUGUGGAGGAGAUGCUCAAUUGGAUUCACAGCGUCAUGGAGAAAAACCCAUGAUGACGUUAAACUCGACAAGGUACUGCAAGACAAAACCGCAAGUGAACAUUUGGUUUCCAAGUGGCGAGAGACAAACUAAUGCGGAAUGAGGAGCACGUACAUUGAUGCUUAUUUCAGGUUGUGAAUGUGUGAUUCACCGGAUUGCACGGGAUAUCCCAAGCAGACAUUAUCUUAACUGCACAAACUAUGGUAGAUAAAUGUCUGCAUAGAUUUCGUCCAAGCAUUCGACGUAGGCCUACUGAAUAUUCUAAUGAGCCAUUCUAGAAUUGGUGGACAAUUUAAGAACAGAAUUUGGGUAAAAAAAAAAAACUACCAUGACUUUUUUUGUUGUUGUUGAUUAAAAAUAAAACAGGUAACAAACCAUAUAUAUUAUAUUGUCCAAAAACAAGCAAAAUGAAGAGAGUAUUUAACUAUUUUUUUUUGUUCUUCUAGAAGGCUACAAGUGUUUUUAUUGUGUCUAUUUUAAUAAUUUCAGGGUGAUUACUAUAAUCUUAAAUAUAUUUGUUCUAAAACAAAAUGUUACAACAAUUAGAGACUGACAAAAACUGUUCCCUAAAUCAUACCCAAAAAGAAUAUUCACAAUAUUUGUUAAAUUUGAUAUGCAAGUUGGUCAUCAAAAGGCAAUGACAAUAGAGAAUUAUUUAGGAAUCAUUUUUUACUAGUUAGCUUUUUUUUUUUUUCUCCCCUCAGGGAAACUUCCACAAAUGUCCUCCAAUCCUGGAAUGUCCCUUAUCUUACUUUAAUGACUUGCAAUUUAUUGUGUAUGUGCUAUGAUGACAUCAUACACUAGCUAUGAUAUGAUAUCAAGUCUCACAACGGGAACAAUUCAGGUUAAUGUCUUUUAUUAAUGCACUGGUUGAAAUCAUUGAUGGCAAUGCUUCAGUUGCAUCAUUUUAGCAUAUAGUAGAAUAAUUCAACCAAGCACUUUAAAUCUAAAAUGGGAAUUACUUGACAUCACCCAGGUAAAUAAUUCAAGUAGAUUGAAAUUAAGCUCACUGAAGCAUGAACUCACUCGGUUUUUAUAUUCAUAAUCUGUUCCCAACCACUUCUUCAUAUCUGUGCACGUUGAAGGUUUAGUCACUUAUAGGAAUACAAAAUGAAAUAAAUAUAGUCGUAGAAGUAGUUGGUGAUUAAAUAAGACUGGCUAUGUGAUAAGCAGUAAAAUAUCAAAUGAAAAACGGAUGUUGUCAGAAGAGAUCAUUUUGCUGUGCCCAUCUUACUAUUUGUAUUUUUUUGUAAAUAUGUGAGUAAUAAAGACUUGCCAAAAUUGUAA